CUCUAUUUAGAGAGAGAUUCGUCUGCCGUCUGCCGAUAAAUGUUUAUCUAUACACUUUAAGAACAAACUGAACAUUCUAGAUAAACUUUAAACUUUUAAUUAACCGCAACGCAUUUACAGAGAGAAAUCUUGACACUUGGUUUCAGUGUACAUUAUAUUUUACCUUACAAGGCACAAGGCCAUUCUACAUUGUAAGUGGUGCAGUUUCGUGUAUGUUUUAGAGGUAACUGCAUGUAAAAAUGCAAUCGAUCAGGGUAUUUAGGUAUUAUCAAAAAUUACUGCACGACCGGCCUUACGUCGUCCAAUCUGUACAGACAGUUACUUUAAUGUCUAUCGGAGAUAUAAUUUCUCAAUCGUGUGUCGAAAAGAAGGGAUUUAGUCAGAUUAAUUAUUACAGAGUUGCUAAAUUUGGAUCAGUUGGGUUAGUGUUGGGACCUGCGUUAACUUCAUGGUACCGGUUUCUCGACAAAUUGCAAUUCAAAUCAUUGAAAUUCGUCCUGGUGAGAAAAAUUGCCAUGGAUCAGAUGAUUUUCGCACCUUUUGCAGUAGGUUCCAUCACAUCUCUGGUGUCGUUUUUCGAUGGUCAAACCACACAGGAAGUUAAGCAAAGAUUGCAAGCUGAUUUUUUCACCAUACUUCUGAAUAAUUAUAAGCUGUGGCCUUUCGUUCAAUACGUGAAUUUUUCCUUGGUUCCUUUGGAUUAUAGAGUUUUAGUUACACAAUGCGUUGGUGUGGCGUGGAAUACUUAUUUAGCUUGGAAAUUGAACGCAGAGAAGACGUAAUUCAAGUACAAUGCAUUCCGAUAUUCCCUAUCCCUAGUCUACGUCUUCCAUUAUUUGAUAUAAGUUUACUACCGUCGUAUUUCUACAUAAUGUAAUUCAUAUACUAUACUACCAGAAUGGGUAAUUUUGAGUGAUGUUAGAUGUUAGGAACUUUUGUACUUGUUUCUCCUACAUUCACACAUUUGUAAGUUGUUUCUUUUCGAAUAAAACACGUAUUUUCCAAACAA